GAAAGAAUAUAGGGCUCACGUGAUCCAUCACAUGACAGCAGUUUGGCAGAAAGACGGAAUGGGACUCCGAGCCUGCCUCCUAGGGCUCCUUGCCCUCACUGUCGCUGGCAAAUGCAGUUACAGCCCAGAGCCCGACCAGCGGCGGACGCUGCCCCCAGGCUGGGUGUCCCUGGGCCGUUUGGACCCUGAGGAGGAGCUGAGUCUCACCUUUGCCCUGAGACAGCAGAACCUGGAGAAACUCUCGGAGCUGGUGCAGGCUGUGUCGGAUCCCGGCUCUCCUCGCUACGGAAAAUACCUGACCCUCAAGGAUGUGGCUGAGCUGGUCCAGCCAUCACCACUGACCCUCCACACAGUCCAAAAAUGGCUCUUGGCAGCUGGAGCCCGGAACUGCCACUCAGUCACCACACAGGACUUUCUGACUUGCUGGCUGAGCGUCAGACAGGCAGAACUCCUGCUCGCUGGGGCUGAGUUUCAUCGCUAUGUGGGGGGACCUGCAGAGACCCAUGUUGUAAGGUCCCCACAUCCAUAUCAGCUCCCACAGGCCUUGGCACCCCAUGUGGACUUUGUGGGGGGGCUGCACCGCUUCCCCGCUACAUCAUCCCUGAGGCAACGCCCUAAGCCACAGGUGGCAGGGACUGUUGGCUUGCAUCUGGGGGUGACCCCAUCUGUGAUCCGUGAGCGAUACAACCUGACAGCACAAGACGUAGGCUCUGGCACCACCAACAACAGCCAGGCUUGUGCCCAGUUCCUGGAGCAGUACUUCCAUGACUCAGACCUGGCCAAGUUCAUGCGCCUCUUUGGUGGGAACUUUGCACACCAGGCAUCAGUAGCCCGCGUGGUCGGAAAACAGGGCCAGGGCUGGGCCGGGAUCGAGGCCAGUCUAGAUGUGGAGUACCUGAUGAGUGCUGGCGCCAACAUCUCCACCUGGGUCUAUAGUAGCCCUGGCCGGCAUGAGGCACAGGAGCCCUUCCUACAGUGGCUCCUCCUGCUCAGUAAUGAGUCAGCCUUGCCACAUGUGCACACCGUGAGCUAUGGAGAUGAUGAGGACUCCCUCAGCAGCGCCUACAUCCAUCGGGUCAACACUGAGCUCAUGAAGGCUGCUGCUCGGGGUCUCACUCUGCUGUUUGCCUCAGGUGACAGUGGGGCUGGGUGUUGGUCUGUCUCUGGAAGACACCAGUUCCGUCCCAGCUUCCCUGCCUCCAGCCCCUAUGUCACCACAGUGGGAGGCACGUCCUUCCAGAAUCCCUUCCGCAUCACAAAUGAGAUUGUUGACUAUAUCAGUGGUGGUGGCUUCAGCAAUGUGUUUCCACGGCCUUCAUAUCAGGAGGAAGCUGUAUCCCAGUUUCUGAAGUCCAGCCCCCAUCUGCCACCAUCUAGUUACUUCAAUGCCAGUGGCCGUGCCUACCCAGAUGUAGCUGCACUCUCUGAUGGCUACUGGGUGGUCAGCAACAGUGUGCCCAUUCCUUGGGUCUCUGGCACCUCGGCCUCUACUCCAGUGUUUGGGGGACUCCUAUCCCUGAUAAAUGAGCACAGAAUCCUCAAUGGCCACCCCCCUCUUGGCUUUCUCAAUCCAAGGCUCUACCAGCAGCAUGGAGCGGGACUCUUCGAUGUAACCCAUGGCUGUCAUGAGUCCUGUCUGAAUGAAGAGGUGCAGGGUCAGGGGUUCUGCUCUGGCCCUGGCUGGGAUCCUGUGACAGGCUGGGGAACACCCAACUUCCCAGCUCUGCUGAAGACACUACUCAACACUUGAUGUUUUCCUGCCAGGAGAGCUGACCUGUCCCCUGCCUUGCAGCCGGUGUCUUGGUCUCUUAGUUUGCCCUGUUGGGACCCCUGCUGAACCCACAGCCAUUGACUGUGACAGACAGCUUACCCCCCUAACCUUGCAAAACUGUGAGCUGGGCUUGACUCCCAACCCUACCCUGCUCCAUUAUACUCAGUUCUCCACACUCCUGCCUCAACUUCCCCCUGCAAAAUGCAAUAACCAGCACUUUUGGGUGCCCAUAUUCCCCACCUCUUCUUUCUCUUUUCAUUAUUCCCUAUCUCUUCUUUCUCUUUUCAUCCAGGCUUUUCCAAAGGGU